UGAGUAACCAAUACAUGACAAGUAGUGGAAUAUAUUUUAGGAUUGCACUCAGAACACGUAGGAUACAAAGCAUUAUAUAAUUUUUUUUUUAAAGACUGGGUUAAAUAAAAUAAUAUAGAGUAGGGUUCCAUCUCGGUCCACACUCCAUAUCAAACGAUGGCGGCAGAAGGCUGCUUGCCAACCGCCAUUAAACCAAAAAAAGAAAAAGAAGAAGAAGAAUAAGUUUUACUUCAUGGUGUGCUGUUUUGAUGGAAAAUCAUGUAACCAUAGCCUAGAAUCUGUAGGAAAGUAUUGACUUCAAGGACGAAAUAGUAAAGUAGGAAAUAACAUUGUUGUUUGAGACGCUGUCUUAUCUCGUCAAAUCAAAUGACGCAGGUUACAUGCAAACCGUGGGGAAACUUGCCCAAACAUGGCCAGGUGGACCUGUGGACGCUUCAGUCCCCACAAGUGCAAGUGGAGGUCCUGACAUUUGGAGCCAUCAUCAGGAGUGUGCGUUGCGAGGGGACAGGCGGUCAGGUGGACGAUGUCGUCUUGGGCUUUGAUGACCUGGAGGGUUAUGUGUCAGACAAGCGGUAUUUUGGUGCUGUGGUGGGCCGUGUAGCCAACAGGGUUGCACGAGGACGCUUUGAAGUGGAUGGAAAAACAUAUCAAUUAGAUAUCAACAAUGGACCAAAUGCUCUGCAUGGAGGGCUGCGAGGCUUCAGUAAGGCUCUUUGGCUUGCGAAAGAAGUAGCGAGUGGGGUAAAAAUGAGUCUUUGCAGUCCAGAUGGAGACCAAGGCUACCCUGGAGAGAUGCAGGUUUCUGUAACCUACACCCUGCAGGGCGAAAAACUGACUGCAGAGUAUCAAGCCUGGUCUUCUAAAACAACACCAAUCAACCUCACUAAUCACUCCUAUUUCAACUUGGGUGGACUAACUGCAUCAACCAUCUCUGACCAUGAAGUGUCAAUAAAUGCUCAGUUCUACUUGCCAGUAGAUGAAACGUCUAUCCCCACAGGGGAGAUUAAGACAGUGGAUGGCUCAUCUUUUGACCUCCGACAGCCUGUUCUGAUUGGCCCUCGGCUAAAGAAAGUUCCAGGUGGAAGAUUUGACCAUAACUUUUGUCUGUCAUUGCCUGAAGACCCAUGGACAGAGAGACACGUUGCUCGAGUUUAUCACCCAGCAAGUGGCCGUAUUCUUGAGGUGUCAACCAGCCAACCAGGAGUCCAGUUCUAUACAGCUAACUUCUUGGACGGCUCCAUAACAGGAAAGGGUGGUGUUAAGUAUGGAAAGCACAGCUCUUUCUGUUUGGAGACUCAGAAUUGGCCAAAUGCUAUCAACCAGGCUUCCUUUCCUGAUUGUCUUCUGGGUCCAGGCGAGGAAUAUCGACAUCUGAGUUGUUUCACAUUCACUUCUGCCAAAUGAUUUUGACGCUAAAUUACCAAUUUUUUAAACUAUUAUACUGAACUAUAUAUCUAUCGCUGUUUUAAAAUUUCCUUUAAUUUCCAAAUGCAAACUAAAAUUAAGGUGCAUCCAU